GGAGGCCCAAUAAGUAGAGGAAAGGAAAACCCGCAGUAUUUUGGAAAAAAAAUCCAAAACUCUCGUAACCCAUCUUCUGAAUGAAGCACCUUUUGAUGAUGUGGUGUAUUUACAACAACUAUCGAUGAUAAAGUUCGUGGCACCUUCAAAAGCCCCAGAAGGUCUUCUUUCUCUUCAUAAGCAAUUCCCAUGUUCAAACGAAGCCCAAUAUGGAAUUAUUCCAUUUGUUCACUUCCAGGGUUCAAUACCAGACAUCCAUGAAAGACUUGCGUGGACGACUGCACACCUUCUACCAUCCUGGGCAGUCCCAGGUGCUCAAAAGCCAAAGCUUAAAGCCCUAGGAGUUCUUCCAAAUCCCUCGCUCUAUCAAGUCAUCAGUCACGUUACCAACCUCACGAAAAAUCUUCUAAAGGACGUUGAUAGAGAAAUGCCACAGCCCAAACGUCCCCUUCUGGUAGCUAUAAUGACUGAGGUGUACACUUUCCUUCAACAUGUAAGUAAAUGCCAGGAAAUGGACUCUCUUGAUUCUUGCUCGCAAGUCUGUCUUGAAAUCGGAAAUCUAUUGUGUGACAACUCUUGUAUUUUGGUUGAAGAUGGCCGCGUAUUUGUCCGUGGAGAUCAACUAGCUUUCCAGCUUAAUGAGCAACUAGCACCGUAUAUGUAUGAAGUUCCUAGAGAAUACGGCCCUUUUGAGCACUUGUUCAAACGCCUAGGAGCUGAAUAGGAAGCCACACCUG